UCAUCUUGACGCUACUUUCCCCUCUUUUUCAAAAUCACACUAAUAUCCAGGAAAAAAAAAUCUCCAAACAUCGAGCGAAAUUUCAAGUGACGAAUCUUCACGAACUUCGAAGCUUGCGGAGAUGAGGAGCUUUUUCAGUCGAGGAGCCAAAGAUUCGCCGUCUAGUUCCGCUUCCCCGUCGCCGAGAUCAUACCCUUCGUCGUCUGCUGCGACGGGACCACCGAGACCGAUUCGGCUAGUGUACUGCGAUGAGAAAGGAAAGUUCCGGAUGGACCCUGAAGCAGUUGCGACUCUGCUACUCGUCAAGGAGCCCAUCGGCGUUGUCUCGGUUUGUGGUAGGGCUCGUCAAGGCAAGAGCUUUAUUCUCAAUCAGCUUCUUGGGCGAAGUAACGGAUUUCAAGUAGCGUCAACGCACAAGCCUUGUACAAAGGGGCUUUGGUUGUGGAGUUCUCCUAUCAAACGAACUGCUCUUGAUGGAUCUGAGUAUAAUCUUUUGCUCUUAGAUAGUGAAGGCAUUGAUGCUUAUGACCAAACGGGUACCUACAGCACUCAGAUAUUCUCAUUAGCUGUGCUUUUGUCAAGCAUGUUCGUAUACAAUCAGAUGGGUGGUAUUGACGAAGCUUCACUCGAUCGCCUUUCUCUUGUCACUCAAAUGACAAAGCAUAUCCGUGUGAAAGCGUCUGAAGGAACGAGCUCACGUUCUGAACUUGGACAGUUUUCUCCCAUCUUUGUCUGGCUCCUUAGGGACUUUUAUUUGGACCUAGAAGAAGAUAACCGCAAGAUUACUCCGCGUGACUAUUUAGAAAUUGCGUUAAGGCCGGUUCAAGGUGGUGGAGGAGAUAUUGCUGCUAAAAAUGAGAUCCGAGAUUCCAUCCGUGCACUUUUUCCGGACAGAGAAUGUUUCACCCUUGUAAGGCCUUUGACCAAUGAAAAGGACCUCCAGAGACUUGACCAAAUUCCGUUGAAAGAUUUGAGAGGUGAGUUUGCCGCUGGCCUGGAUGCAUUUACCAAGUUUGUUUUUGAGAAGACGAGGCCCAAGCAGUUAGGGGGUACUGUGAUGACGGGUCCUGUACUUGCUGCUAUUACACAGUCUUAUCUGGAUGCGUUGAACAAUGGUGCUGUGCCAACGAUAACCUCAGCUUGGCAGAAUGUCGAAGAAACUGAGUGUCGAAGAGCAUAUGAUUCUGGUAUAGAAGCUUAUUUGGCUGCCUUUGACCAAUCAAAAGCUCCUGAAGAAGGUGCACUGAGGGAAGAACAUGAAGAAGCAGUUCGAAAAGCCUUGGCUAUGUUUAACGCCAAUGCUGUAGGGGCUGGUAUAGCAAGAAAAAGAUACGAGGAUCUUCUUCACAAGGACUUGAAGAAAAAAUUUGCGGAUUACAAAAGAAAUGCAUUCAUGGAGGCAGAUUUGCGAUGCACGAGUGCUAUCCAAAGUAUGGAGAAGCAGCUGAGAGCAGCUUGCCAUGCCUCUAAUGCGAAUAUGGAUAAUGUUGUCAAGGUUCUAGAAGCUCGUUUGUCAGACUACGAAGCAUCAUGUCAUGGCCCAGGGAAAUGGCAGAAACUUUCUGUUUUCUUGCAACAAAGCUUGGAGGGACCGAUAUAUGAUCUCACCAAAAGGCUUAUAGAUAACAUCGCUAUAGAGAAGAACUCACUGGCAGUGAAAUUCCGUUCUGUUGAAGAUGCGAUGAAGCAUCUGAAGCAGCAGUUGGAUGAUAGCGAGAGAUACAAGCUGGAAUACCAGAAACGUUAUGAUGAAUCCAACAUCGACAAGAAGAAGCUGGAAGAUAUAUACAGAGAACGCAUAACUAAACUACAGGGGGAGAACAGUUCGCUGAAUGAGCGAUGCUCCACUUUGGUCAAAACAUUGGAAUCUAAACAAGAAGAAAUCAAGGAAUGGAAAAGAAAGUACGACCAGUUUGUUUUGAAACAGAAAGCUGUUGAAGAUCAGCUUAAAUCUGAUAUGGAAGUUCUUAGGACACGAAGUACUACUUCUGAAGCUAGGCUCUCUGCAGCUAGAGAACAAGCCAAAUCCGCUCAGGAAGAGACCGAGGAAUGGAAAAGAAAGUAUGAUUAUGCUGUGGGAGAGGCAAGAUCGGCUCUUCAAAAGGCUGCUUCGGUGCAAGAACGUUCAGGCAAGGAAACGCAAUUGAGAGAAGAUGCUCUUAGGGAGGAAUUUACAUUGACUUUAACUGAAAAGGAUGAAGAAAUUAAGGAGAAGACUACAAAAAUUGAGAAGGCAGAGCAGUCUCUAACGGUUCUAAGAUCAGAGUUAAAGGCAGCAGAGUCUAAAAUCAGAAGCUUUGACGUGGAAACAGCAUCACUGAAAUUGGAGUUAAGGGAAAUGAUUGAUAGGUUAGACAGUGCCAACACGAAGGCUUUGACAUAUGAAAAAGAGGCAAACAAGUUGGAACAGGAGAAAAUCCGUCUAGAGCAAAAGUACCGAUCUGACUUUGAGAGAUUCGAUGAAGUACAAGAGAGAUGCAAAACAGCUGAAAUAGAAGCUAAACGUGCUACUGAACUGGCGGACAAAGCUCGAGCUGAUGCCGUCACUUCCCAAAAGGAGAAAAGUGAGAGUCAGAGCUUGGCAAUGGAAAGACUUGCUCAGAUCGAGCGCGCUCAGAGACAAAUCGAGAACUUGGAGAGGCAGAAGACUGACUUGGAAGAUGAAUUGCACAGACUUCGUGUGUCUGAGAUGGAGGCUGUGUCCAAGGUUACAGUCUUAGAAGCAAGAGUCGGAGAAAGAGAGAAAGAGAUCGAGUCAUUGUUAAAACUAACCAACGAACAGAGGGCGCAUAACGUGAAGUCGUUGGAGAAGCUGUUGGAUGAAGAGCGUACGGCUCAUAUAGCCGCCAACAGAAGAGCUGAAGCUCUUUCUCUUGAGCUGCAAGCUGCACAGGCAACUGUUGAUAAUCUUCAGCAAGAACUAGCUCAAGCUAGGUUGAAAGAAACUGCAUUGGACAACAAGAUCAGAGCUGCGAGUUCAUCUCGUGGGAAACGGUCCAGAAUGGAAGAUGAUGUUGAUAUGGACAUUGGAGAAACAAGUGAUAGAAUCUUGAGGACUAACAAACGAUCUCGAAGCACCAGAGGAGAUGAUAAUGGUGGUUAUGAGGAUGGUGUUUCAGUUUCUAGAGGCGAUCAGGACACUCAAAACCAGCAAGACGAAGAAGAGGAGGAAGCAGAAGAUUACAGGAAGCUAACAGUGCAGAAUCUUAAGCAUGAACUGACGAAGUAUGAUUGCGGACAUUUGAUACUGAACAAAGGCCAUCAGAGCAAGAAAGAGAUUCUCGCUUUGUAUGAAGCUCAUGUUCUUCCCAAGAAAGCGUUAGAGAAAGAAGAGAGAAAGAGACAGUGACAAGCUACUUCGUGGGACGAACUCUGUACAGAGUGAGGGGAGAAACAUGUUUUAGUCUCGAAGUUUCUAUCUUUAGAGAUUAGUAUAGAGUUUGCUUUAGCAAGGCUCUGAGUUAAGCAUUGUUGUAUUAAAACUGAGGUGUAGGGUUUGUGAGUGUUUUUGUGGUAUUUAAUGUUGUGGGAGCUUGAGUCGGUUUGGUGUUGGACUUUGAAAUUUGUAGACUUUAUGUUCUCAGAGUUCUGUUGAGCUUGAGUUUGACCGUUUU